AUGCAACCUCGUGGGGCUCAACCAUCAACUUUCGGAGGUCUUAAAGAAGAACCAUUGCGAGCAUCGUGGCCAGCCAUGUUGGUAGAUCCCAGUUGUUACCUUUAUCCAAGUAUUGGUGUUGCUUCUGCACAUUUUGAAAAACAACCACCGAAUAACUUACGGAAAAGCAACUUUUUUCAUUUUACCGUUGCACUAUAUGAUCGAAGUGGCAAACCAAUUGAAAUCGAGCGUACAGCGUUCGUUGGUUUCAUUGAAAAAGAAAUGGAACCUGAUGGACUUCGAACUAAUAACGGAAUUCAUUAUCGAUUGAGCCUUUAUUAUCCAGCAAUUAAUUAUCGACAUGAGCAAGAUAUCUACGUGCGUAUGAUUGAUUCGGGCACAAAACAACCGAUUGUUUAUGAAGGUCAAGAUAAAAAUCCCGAAAUGUGCCGUGUUCUGCUAACUCAUGAAGUAAUGUGUAGUCGUUGUUGUGACAAGAAAUCAUGUGGUAAUCGAAAUGAAACACCAUCUGAUCCUGUCGUUGUUGAACGGUUUUUCUUGAAAUUCUUUCUUAAAUGCAAUCAGAACUGUUUGAAAAAUGCUGGCAAUCCACGCGACAUGCGACGAUUUCAAGUUGUCUUAUCAACAACAGUUGGUCUCGAACCACCUCUAUUGGCAGUUUCCGAAACAAUGUUUGUUCAUAAUAAUUCAAAACAUGGUCGACGAACAAAACGCCAUGACCCUAUUGACGGAGAAUCACUUAUCCCGACACCAGUCAUCAAACAUAUUCAACCCAACGAAGGUUGGAUUGUCGGCGGACAAGUCGUCCUCAUCUUAGGAGAGAACUUUUUUGAUGGUCUUCAAGUAAUGUUCAAUACAAUGGUUGUUUACAGUGAAAUUCUUACACCUGGAGCUAUUCGAGUGCAUACACCAUCACGUCACGGUCCAGGAAUUGUUGAUGUCACACUUUCAUACAAAGGAAAACAGUUCUGUCGAGAAUGUCCUGGCCGUUUUACAUAUAUCACUAUGCAAGAUCCAACGAUUGACUACUCAUUGCAACGUUUGUCUAAACUGAUACCGAAACAUGCAGAUGAUCCCGAUCGCUUGUCAAAAGAAGUCAUUCUUAAACGAACAGCUGAUCUGCUCGAACAAUGCUACACAAUGUCAGGCAAUCCACAUCAUUUUGCUUUGCCAACUCCACCAAGUGAUCACGAGAAUGAUUCGACAUAUUACAUAUCAUCAUUAGAAGGUAUAAGAGCGAAAACUCUAAGAGAUUAUCCUAUUGCUUGUUACUCACGAAAUCAAACUGCGCCUAUGUCGCCACGAAGCUACAACGCUUACAGCAACGCUUAUGGACCAUCCGCAUCAUCCUAUGCUGUUCCAUCACCUGGCUUUUUAAACGUGAACCGUCCAAAUGGUGUACCGUUUGUAUGUCAGCAGCAGCAUGGAAGUGCUUUCAAAUUACCUUCGUCACUGAGUCCUAUUCAUCAAAAUUGGAAUACUGUUUUCACUAAUUCCAAUUCAUCAUCAUCGACUUGUUCGUCAAUGAAUGACUAA